ACCAUGGGCAAGAUUAUCUUUUACGAGGACCGAGACUUCCAGGGUCACUCCUAUGAGACCAGCAGUGACUGUGACGACCUCACCUCCUUCCUGAACCGCUGCAGCUCCUGCAGGGUGGAGAGCGGCUGCUUCAUGGUCUAUGACCGCUCCAACUACAUGGGCAACCAGUACUUCCUGAGGAGGGGCGACUAUUCUGACUACUCGUGCAUGACGGGCUUCAGCGACUGCAUCCGCUCCUGCCGUACAAUCCCCAUGCAUAGAGGUUCCUUCAAAAUAAGGAUCUACGAGAGGGAGAACUUCGGGGGCCAGAUGCACGAGCUGAUGGAGGACUGCGAGUCGAUCCAGGACCGUUUCCACAUGUCUGACUGCCAGUCCUGCCAUGUGAUGGAUGGCCACUGGCUCCUGUAUGAGCAGCCCCAAUACAGGGGCAGGAUGAUGUACCUGAGGCCUGGGGAGUAUAGGAGCUUUAGGGACAUGGGUUUGGGAUUCAUGAGAAUUGGCUCCAUUAGACGCAUUAUGGAUUCCAUUUAA